UGGAAAUCUGCGUUUGUAUUUUUAAAAGGAACAUUUGUUUAAUCUAAUCAUCGAUUCGUUUCACCUGAGAAAAGAUGAGCUGCUUCAGUGAGAGCCGGAGACGCACAUCUCCCAUGCGGGGCAGCAGCAGAAAUGAGCUGGUUCCCUCCAAACCUCCCAGGAUGAACGGGUGGUCGUGGCCCCCUCAGGCCUUCCAAGUGGUCGGCUGGUUGGUGUACAGCUACUUCGCCAUAGUCGGCUUCGGCAUCUACAUCCCUCUUCUUCCUCUGCCGUGGAACCAUGUGCUCUACUCCCUGACGGGCAUAGCAUUUAUCGUGCACCUCCUCACCCACAUUGCUGCUGUCACUAUAGACCCAGCGGACGCCAGCGUCAGGGCCAAACCGAGCUACUCCAGCCCAAUGCCACAUUUUGAUCGGAAAAAGCAGCUGCAUGUCAUCCAGGACUUGCACUGUUAUCUAUGUGAUGUCAAGGUUGGCCCCAAAGUAAAACACUGUGGUGUUUGCAACAAAUGUGUGGAAGACUUCGAUCACCAUUGCAAAUGGCUGAACAACUGCGUGGGUGGCAGAAACUACUGGUGCUUCUUUGUGGCACUGUCCUCUGCUACGAUGGGGGCCUUCCUCCUUGUUGUUGUCAUCUUCUUCAUCUUUAUUCAGCAUUACCUGGACCCAAACACUCUAAGAACUGCUCCACAGUUUGGUAGUAUGCUGGGGAAUGGGACCUGGCUGGCGUUUAUACCAUUAGCACCCAUUAAGACUAGUUCAGCCGGUCUCCUCAUAUUGGCCUUUAUAACAGUGAUGCUGUGCAUUGUCUGCCUGCUGCUGCUCUGUCAUCUCCUAGGUUUUCACUUUUACCUCUUUUCUAAAGGAAUAAGCACAUAUGACUAUGUAAAGAUGCAGCACCAGAAAGACGCUAGAAUCAGGGACAAUGAAGCAGGAAACUCGAAUGAUACCAAAACCCAUAACAUGGACCCCAAGAACCAAGAUCAUUCAAUUGACUGUGAGCCUGCGUUAUCACAGAGUUCAAGUUCCUGCAAAUUUGAUGAUGGAGUCCCACUUAGCAGCAUCAUUCCUGGGUCCAUAUGUACAGAGCUGGAAAACCUCAAGAUAUCAACAGAAAAGGAGAAUAGUUUUCAUUAUGGCACAGAAAAUCCUACUGAGGACACAGAAAGGGAAAUAAAUGACAUCAGAUGCAGGAAGCCUGGUGCUGAUGAAGAGGCUCAGAGCCCCUGUGUGCAGUCUGUCGACAGUGUUCCUGUGGUGCAGGACCCUCUGGGCAGCUCAGUUAUGACUCCAGACGACACGUGAUAGGAACUGACGUCUGAUGAACUGCAGGGAAUGAUGAUAUGCUGCUUUCAGGGACCAUUUAUUAUGAGUCUUUGCCUCAUGAAACUGAUGAUCAUGGACACAUUAUUGACGUGGACAAAGGACAUCAUCGACGCCACCUCAAAGUUUGAUACAGUUUUUUUUAAUCUAGUGGACAUUUUUUAUGCAAUUAAAAAAAAAAAAAGUGUUUUUAUUUACAAUGUCUUUUUAUGUCAGAUGAAUUAUUUAAAGCCUGGUUUGAUCUCACUGACUUGUACAAAAGGUCCAGCUCACAUACAUUCAUAUUCAACCUGAGUCAGAUAGAUACAACUCGUAUUUUGGCAUCUUCC